AUGACAGAAAACACCGGCAAAGGGCAAGGUAUUUCAACCGUCAUUGAGAAGGCAGAGACUUCCCUUGGAAUCCCUAGUCCUAGUGAAAUUUCUGCUGAAAAGUAUGCAGCAGGUAUUCUGGAGGCUUGUCUUGAUCAAACAGAAACCUUCUCUCAUGUUUUACGAGAGGCGAAGGAGAAAGAAGAGUUAUGGACCUCCGAUGAGGUUACCAUGGAAACAGAGAAGAAAACUCAUUAUGGGCUACUCUUUGAUGAAUUUCAAGGCCUUUCACAUCUAGAAGCUCUGGAGAUGCUUUCCCGAGAAAGUGAAAUAAAGGUGAAAUCUAUCCUUAAUUCUCUGAGUGGAGAAGAAUUAGAGACUCUAAAGCUUGAAUUACAGCAACUCAAAGAAGCAUUUUCCCUAGCAGAGUUUUGUGAAGAAGAGGAAGAAGAGAAAAAAGGGGAUGAAGAUUUUACCAAAGAGAUAACAGAGCUGUUUUCCCAGCUGCACGUCUCCUCCACACCAGAGAAACUUGCCAAGGCAGCAAAUACUGCCCAUGAAUGGAUCAGGACAUCUCUGACCAAGCCAUUAGCAGAGCAAGAAGAAGGAGAAAAACAGUUGGAAGCAGAAAAUAAUGAGCAAGUCAAUAAAAAUUCAAUAGAGGAUAUCCAUGCAUUUGCAAUCCGGAGCCUUGCAGAACUGACCGCCUGCUCAAUUGAAUUGUUCCACAAAACAGCGGCCUUGGUUCUACAUGGCAGGAAGCAGGAAGUGACGGCCAUAGAAAGGAGCCGAACUCUUUCCCAGCUUGGUUUUUUAGGGGAUGAAGAUUUUACCAAAGAGAUAACAGAGCUGUUUUCCCAGCUGCACGUCUCCUCCACACCAGAGAAACUUGCCAAGGUCAAAGAAAAGGCAGAUGUCCUUAACCCAUUAAUCACUGCGGUAUUUCUAGAGGCAUCAAACAGUGCCUCCUAUAUCCAGGAUGCCUUUCAGCUACUCUUACCUGUGCUAGAAAUCUCUCUCAUUGAGAACAAGACUGAAUCACCCAGACGUGAGCUGCAGAGCCAGAAG